GUAACGUUAGUAGGAAGUCGACGCCUUCCGAGAAGAGAAGAGAAGAGGAGAAGCCACUCCGGCCAACUUCCACUGAAGAUUCCUUCUCUACUGACGGAGUAACAGCGAGGCAUGGCUUAUCCAGGAUAUGGCGGGUAUGGUGGUCCUAUGCCAGGCAUGCCAAUGGCAGGAGCCCCUAUGGGUGGCCCUCCAAUGGGGGGAUACCCACCCCAGUUUGGGGCAUUCCCUGGCAGCACCUUUGCAGCUCCUGCCCAAGACCCCAUGUGGGGUUACUUCACUGCCAUAGCCGGCCAGGAUGGUGAGGUGGAUGCUGAGGAACUACAGAGAUGUUUGACACAGACUGGGAUCAGUGGCUCCUAUAUGCCCUUCAGCUUGGAGACAUGUAGGAUCAUGAUUGCCAUGCUGGAUAGAGAUUACUCUGGUAAAAUGGGUUUCAAUGAGUUUAAAGAGCUGUUUGCUGCAUUGAAUGGUUGGAAGCAGAACUUUGCGAUGGUGGACCGAGACAACAGCGGGACAGUGGAGCCUCACGAGUUGUCGCAGGCCAUCAGUAACUUAGGGUACAGACUGAGCCCUCAGGCGUUGGGCUGCAUCAUCAAGCGCUUUAGCCGAGGAGGCAAGAUCUACUUCGAUGACUACGUGGCCUGCUGUGUGAAACUCAGGGCAUUGACCGAGAACUUCAGAAGGAGGGAUGCUAUGCAGCAAGGAGCAGUGAGCUUCCAGUAUGAUGAUUUCAUCACGUGUACCAUGUCUAUCUGAGUCUAUCUGAGGAAGACGGAACAGACGACACCUCUUGAGGGAAAUUUGAGCUACUGGAGCUCCGCUGAGAAAUAGAACCGUGUAUUAGCCAAUGUAUAUGCAAAAUAAUAUAUAUAUGUAUGUAUCAAUCACAGGCAUUCAGAAUGGCUACCUCUAUCAAAGUGUAAGUGCCAGUGGACUCUUUUUAUUGAAAUGAGCUAACAGUGCAUUGAUGAGGUGAUAAGACGGAGUGCUUUUUAGGCAGAGUUUGUGUCCCCUAAAGCCAUUCAAUGCCAGGUUUAUGUAAAAGGGUCAAACCACAUCACUGAUGUUUUGUUUUGUGCCAACACAAUCCUCAAUAUUUGUAUUAUUAUUUUCUUAUUUCUAAUUUUUAAACAUUUUAAUCAUUUUUCACAAGCAAAUACUCAGCCACUCCAUGAUUAGAUAUUAAUAAACUGCAUAACAAUUAAAAA